AUGCAAACGCCGACGGUUAGCCUUUUCAUCAACGGACGGUGGACCUCCGGCAAGCUGCCGCUGGUGCAGCGCCUCGGAGCUGAAAAACGGUAUGUUGUUGCCUUCACUAGGGCAUUCAAGCGCGUAAAAAUGAUUAUUGUUAUCACAUCGCAAUUCACAUGUUGCGCACCAGCACCAGCAGCAGCAGCAGCCGGAGCUUUGGCGCAACAGCAGACGCCGCCGACUACUGCUACACGGGGGCCCUUGAGCAGCGUCACCAGCGGCGGACUCCAGUCGCCGUUACAACUUGUACUGCUGGAUCCGGAGUCAGCACCGCCGCCAAUCGCCAAUGUCUCCACGGGUCCUGAUGAGGGCACCGUCAAGAGUGGAACGCCAAAUUACCUAGUCAACUUGGUGGCCAUCCUGACAGUUCACGAUGGAUACUGGGGCGAUUGGAAGAUGCCGACACCAUAUCCAAAUCUGUAUGAGGGUCGGGCGUUGACAGGCUUCCAGCUGCGGAGCGAGCCCCCCCAGGGCACUGGAGACGACACAGCUCUCAACGGACUCAGGAUACGGUGUUCGUUCGGGCCCUCGAUGCUGUCGGUGACCGAUGGCCUGUGGGGCGCCUGGUACCCCUCGAGCUCCAUCAUCAGUUGCCCGUCAAACACCUACAUCAUCGGCGCUCGGAUGCAGGUGGAGCCGAAGCAGGGCAGCAGCGGCGACGACACUGCGGCCAAUGCAAUCGAGUUCAUGUGCGGGAGCAUCACCACAGUUCCCACCGAAAUCCGUGUGAACAGUUUGCCUACAAGCUGGGGAGCAUGGACACCCUGGGUUCAAUGCCCGCUCGGCACACGUGUGUGUGGGGCUCAAGCUCGCUUCGAGUCGUCUCAGGUGUCGUACAUGCAUUAA